AUGUGGGGGCUAGAUGGGGCUACGACCGGCCUGUGCACCCGCGACACAUUAACAAUCACACGCUCGUUCCUGAAACAGUUUGCGCAUGUAUCUGACUCCAGCGAUGAGGAUCAGGACUAUAUCUGCCCUCACUGCGACCGCACCUUCACCCCACACAUCGGCCUGGUCGGUCACUUGCGAAUCCAUCGCACAGAGACUGGGGAACCAAUACCUGGAGCACCAACUCACACCCACCACACUCGCCUCCACUGCCCACGCUGUUCUCGCACCUUCACGCAUCGCAUGGGUCUAUUCGGCCACAUGCGCAUCCACGAGAGCGGAACUGACCACAAUUUUGUCACACCAACAACGUCCAACAAGUCCACCAUGCCCAGCCCAUCCCUCGCUCCAUCGCCCUGCGCGCCCAUCACCACCAACACAACCACCGCCUUCUCUACAGCUGACACCGACACGGCCGACUUCACCUGCCCACACAGUCAACGGACAUUCACCUCACGCAUCUGCCUGGUCGGUAACUUGCGCAUCCAUCGUAAAGAGACUGGAGAACCAGUGCCUGGAGCACCAACCUACGGCCGCCAAGCUCGACUCAACUGCCCACAAUGUCCUCGCACUUUCAGGCACGGCAUGGGCCUAUUCGGUCACAUGUGCAUCCACGACGACCUGCGGUAG